GUCGCAAUGUCAAGUAAUGUCGUUUCGUCUGCUGACUAAUUUUAUAUUUUUUGGAUCAUACAGAAAGCAAUAAUUAAUAUCUUCUUCAACGAAGACUUUCUACUCCUUCGUAUAAUUACAUUAGCGGGCUUACUGCUGUCGAAUCUUAUUUUAAGUGCAAGAGGAGUGUGAUAAUCAACUCGGCUAAGUUGCAGUAAUGGAGUCGUACCAAGGGGGCUUAGCUCGCGAUGAGGCGGCUGAAACCUUCAACCGCAAGUCGCAGACUAUAGCCAGUAAUAUCAAGAAAAUAUCCCAGAAUGUCUCAUCAAUGUCCAAGAUGGUUAACCAGUUGCAGACUCCACAAGACUCGCAGGAAUUGAGGAACCAAUUGCGUCAGAUCCAGAACUACACACAAAAGCUAGCCAAGGAUACGUCGACGCUGUUGAUGGAGCUGAUGAAACUGCCCACCGAUCAGCCGGCGCACAAGCUCACGCGGGACCGUCUCAGCGACGAAUACAUGGUUACACUCAACUUCUUCCAGGCGACGCAGCGCACCGCAGCACAGAAGAGCAAAGAAGAUGUGCGCAAGGUGAAAGCGCAGACUGUACAGAUCGGCGACCCCUUCAACAUGGGUGGUAACAGUCAGUUGGUUGACACCGGAGAGGUACGCAAACAGGAGCAGAUGACCGCGCAGACUGAGCGAGACCUGCUCGAGCUGGAAGAGCGAGAGAGGGACAUCAGGCAGUUGGAGAACGACAUAACGGACGUGAAUCAGAUCUUCAAGGAGUUGGGUCAGAUGAUCCACGAACAGGGCGCCGUGGUGGAGUCCAUCGAGGCCAGCGUGGAGCACACCGCCUCUAAUGUGGAGAGCGCCACCAUGGAGCUGAGGCAGGCCACCACCUACAAGAAUAAACUCAGGAAGAAAAAGGUGUACAUAGCAAUAAUCUUGGCCGUGAUCGUCAGCGUCAUCCUCAUCAUUGUGUUCAGCCGUUGAAGAUCAUCUGAUGAUGAUACCAUCACCAAACGACCCGACUCUGUAUUAAUGUAUAUAGGAAAUGUAUACUUUCAUUCUUCAUCACCUCUUAACUGCUUAGUCUGUUACUGCGCUGUUACCAAAAAGUGAAAGACCCACUCCUACAAAGGAUUUUUUUCUCGUUGUCUUUCUUCAUUUUUCAUAGAUUUUUUUACCAAUUUCUCGUAGAGAACGAGAUGCACAUUUUAAGGGUUGCACUUCAUCUCAUUUCAACCAAACAAAGCAACCCAAAACCCCACGACACAUUGUUAGCAAUUUUCAACCUUAUGACCAACGGUCAGCACUCAAAUUACAACGUUGCUCGAUAAAAACUACCCCAGAGUGUUUAAAAAGCGCUCGUAAGUGAAAUUUUAGAGAAAACUGCAGGUACUUUAUGCAAACGAACAAAAAUACAUAAUAAUUAUAUUCACGCCAUAAUAUUUAUCUUGGGGGUUGGCAAAAUAGAAGGCUGCAGCUUGAAAAAGAUUUAGUUGCACUGGAAAGCUUGCAGCUGGCUAAUUCUAUGUUUUUUUUCUGCACACCCAUAACAACAUGGGGGACAAAAUAGAUACUUUAUAUAUAGUUAAAAGACUCUUUGGUUACGAUUCAAUGCCAGACAGCGCCUUCACUACUAGCAAUAAGAGAAUAUUCAUAUCUAUAGCUGCAAGUUGAUAAAUCUUCAUGGCCUUAACUUGUUUAACUGCCUCACUUAGAGAUGUCUAUUGUAUCUUAAAUUUAAUUAAAGAAGACGUUAUCACCUUCUACGCUAUAGCAAUAUAGUAAGCGACAAUAAGUCACUUUGACAAGUAUUAAAUUUAUUUCGCGUCUCUAAGUGCGGUCGAUGUUAACUAACCCCAAAAGUAUUUUCAUUACGAGUUCUCAAUAAAAUUAUGAAGAAG